ACGCUGCACUUCAUUGGAUAAUGCAAAGUAUAACAUUCUAACCUCCUCUCCGGAAGUUUGCGGAGAUCUUAAAUCGAUUUCUUCCUGAACUUUAACUUGUCCGGCUUUAACAGGAAUCAACAUGUCCGAACAGCAGCUGGAUUGUGCAUUAGAUUUGAUGAGGAGACUUCCACCUCAACAGAUAGAAAAGAAUCUGACAGAUUUGAUUGAUCUAGUUCCAAAUCUUUGUGAAGAUUUACUUUCAUCAGUUGAUCAACCUCUGAAGAUUGCUAGAGACAAACAGCUAGGAAAAGAUUAUUUAUUAUGUGACUAUAACAGAGAUGGAGAUUCAUACAGGUCCCCCUGGAGUAAUUCCUAUGAUCCACCUUUGGAUGAUGGUACCCUGCCUUCAGACAGGUUACGGAAACUGGAGAUUGAUGCCAACACUGCCUUUGAUCAGUAUAGGGAAAUGUACUUUGAAGGAGGGGUUUCAUCAGUAUACCUCUGGGAUCUAGAUCAUGGCUUUGCAGGAGUUAUAUUAAUCAAAAAAGCAGGAGAUGGAUCCAAGAAAAUUAAGGGCUGUUGGGAUUCAAUUCAUGUUGUUGAAGUUCAGGAGAAAUCAAGUGGGAGAAGUGCCCAUUAUAAACUAACAUCCACUGUGAUGUUAUGGCUGCAGACCACGAAGGAUGCCUCGGGAGUUAUGAACCUCGGAGGAAGCCUGACGCGUCAGGUGGAACACGAUGCCACCGUCAGUGAUGCUGCUCCUCAUAUUGUCAAUAUUGGAAGAAUGAUAGAGGACAUGGAAAACAAAAUUAGAAACACAUUAAAUGAGAUUUACUUUGGAAAAACACGCGACAUAGUGUAUGGCCUACGCUCAUUUGUUCCCCUAGGAGAUAUGAAAAAACAAGAGGCACUCCAAACUGACCUGGCAGCAGCUUUAUCAAAGAGGAACGCAGCAAAAUAAUAGAAGUCAUCAAUAGAGAAAAACUUUCAUCAUCUUUUAACAGUGAAAAAUCAUGAUAUUCAUUUAGGCACCUUUUUCAUGGGGUGCAUAUGUACAAAUCUCCCAAAAGAGGAUGCAAGUUUAUGUAUAAAUGUGAUAUUUAAGUUCUUGAGACUUGAACCUGUUGGCAGGAUCAGCAGACAUGGAGAAUGGUGCCAGCAGCUUUUUCUUUCAGUGCUAUACAUGAUGACUUAAUAAAAUGAAAUGUGUAUCUGGGAAAGUAUAAUGAAUAGUGUUGACAUGUUUAUCAGAUAUUUGGUGCAUGUAUCAGUAAUUUCAGCAAAGUCAUUCCUAACACAAUUUGUUAAGAUUGAGAUUCUGUUUGAGACAAAAAAGAAUUCCCCUGUAUAGUUCUUGAUGUUAUUUACCAAUAAAUGCAUUUUUAUAUUA